AUGGGAGUCUUAAGAUCGAGCUCGUGCAAAAGACAACACAGUAAAUGGGCAUCGAUGCUUGCGCUGUUUGUUUUUAAAAUACUCGUGUAUUCUGUGAGCGCAUAUAAAGAGUUUCCGAUAAAACAGUCCGCAGAAGGCAACAUAACUGUAGCUGGAAAUCACACGCUGAUAAACUCUCGAAAUGUAAAGAUUCACGGCGAUCUCUGGUUGAAUAAAAUCGGAAACGGAGGCGCAUAUUUGGUGAACGAGCUAAGAAGUAUAGUCAACAGCACGACUACUCUUAAAAUAACUCUCAAACCACUGGUCCUCUUGAUGGAACCAGCAGCAGGGUGUAACGAAACAAACGCACUCUCCGUCCGCUUCAAUUUUACCACGAAUGCGUUUUAUCAGUGCGAAUGCAAUAGGGUCUGGAAAGGAAGCGAUUGCAACACACCCUCAGUGAUUCCCUUGAGUGACGCAACGUUCCAGUCUGCGAUUGAAUCAUGUUUGAACGAAGACUACAGGUAUGGCAUGUGUACAAAUUUCGCACUCACGAGCGGAUACGGCAUCAUGACCUAUUGGGACGUCAGUCAAGUGACGCAGAUGAAUAAUACGUUUGAAAUGCGUUCCAGCUUCAAUGGCUUUUUGGAUCGUUGGGACGUAUCCAACGUGAAAAAUAUGACGCGCAUGUUUUCUUAUGCGUAUAAUUUCAACGGUGAUCUAUCGACGUGGGACAUUUCGAGUGUUGUUGAUAUGUCCUAUAUGUUUAAUUAUGCGAGUAUGUUCAACACGUCUUUAUCCACUUGGGAUGUUUUGAGUGUUGUUGAUAUGAAAUACAUGUUUUCUGGUGCAAGCAAAUUUAACAGCGAUGUUUCGAGAUGGAGAGGGGUUGCGGCGAGCAAUCCACAAAGUGGUAUGUUUGACAAUGCGUAUGCGUUCACAUCUAAAUAUGCGUGCUUAACGUCGUACGAUGGUCCGGCGAACACGUGUUCUUUGAUUCCUUUGACGAACAAUAACUUUCAAAACUCGAUAUCGAAUUGUUUGAGUUCAAGUAGCGACGGUAUGUGCGUCUCGAGUCCAUACGGAGUGAUGUCGUCUUGGAAUACAAGCUUAGUGACGAACAUGGCGAAUGGGUUCUCCAACUCUUAUUCAUACAACUAUGGUUUUAUUGAUCUCUCUUCUUGGGACGUUUCUUCCGUGACGAGUAUGAGUUACAUGUUUUCGAACCUGUACUACAGGAACGUGGAGGUAUCUUCUUGGGACGUUUCAAAAGUGACGGAUAUGGCCUAUAUGUUCCAAUACGCAUAUGAGUUCAAUUCGGAUCUUUCUAAAUGGGACGUGUCGUCCGUGACAAACAUGUAUGGUAUGUUCUAUAAUGCGUAUCGUUUCAACUCAGAUAUCUCGAAAUGGGACGUAUCAUCUGUGUAUUUUCUCGGACAAAUGUUCUAUUACGCGUCCGCCUUUAACCAUGACAUAUCUGGUUGGCGCGGUCCUGCGGCUGAGAGUAGCCAAUGGGACAUGUUCUACGGUGCAACAGCUUUCAUUGAUAAAUACUUAUGCGCCGAAGUCCAUAGGAACUGGAAUUAUGGUUCCGUUAUGCCCUCUAAUUGUACGACGCAGAAUGCAACUUGGGUUUCUCCUUCUCCUCCUCCUCCUUCUUCUUCCCCUCCUCCUUCUCCUCUUUCUCCUUCUCCUCCUCCUCCUUACCCUCCUGCUCCUCCUCCUUCUGUGACUCCGGUUCCUUUGACUGAUUCUACACUAGCUUCUGCGGUCCAAUCGUGUUUGAACGAAGACUACAGGUAUGGCAUGUGUACUGACUUUGGAUUUGAGAGUGGAUACGGGACCAUGCCAUACUGGGACGUCAGUCAAGUGACGCAGAUGAAUAAUACGUUUGAAUGGCGUUCCAGCUUCAAUGGCUUUUUGGAUCGUUGGGACGUAUCCAAUGUGAAAAAUAUGACGCGCAUGUUUUAUUAUGCAAUGAAUUUCAACAUGGAUCUAUCGACGUGGGACGUUUCGAGUGUUGUUGAUAUGUCUGAUAUGUUUAAUUAUGCAAACAGUUUCAACAUGGAUCUAUCGACGUGGGACGUUUCGAGUGUUGUUGAUAUGUCUAAUAUGUUUAAUUAUGCGUAUAAUUUCAACGGUGAUCUAUCGACGUGGGACAUUUCGAGUGUUGUUGACAUGUCCUAUAUGUUUAAUGGUGCGAGUAUGUUCAACACGUCUUUAUCCACUUGGGAUGUUUUGAGUGUUGUUGAUAUGAAAUACAUGUUUUCUGGUGCAAGCAAAUUUAACAGCGAUGUUUCGAGAUGGAGAGGGGUUGCGGCGAGCAAUCCACAAAGUGGUAUGUUUGACAAUGCGUAUGCGUUCACAUCUAAAUAUGCGUGCUUAACGUCGUACGAUGGUCCGGCGAACACGUGUUCUUUGAUUCCUUUGACGAACAAUAACUUUCAAAACUCGAUAUCGAAUUGUUUGAGUUCAAGUAGCGACGGCAUGUGCGUCUCGAGUCCAUACGGAGUGAUGUCGUCUUGGAAUACAAGCUUAGUGACGAACAUGGCGUAUGGGUUCUCCAACUCUUAUACAUACAACUAUGGUUUUAUUGAUCUCUCUUCUUGGGACGUUUCUUCCGUGACGAGUAUGUAUUCCAUGUUCUCGAACCUGUACUACAGGAACGUGGAGGUAUCUUCUUGGGACGUUUCAAAAGUGACGGAUAUGUAUUACAUGUUCCAAUACGCAUAUGAGUUCAAUUCGGAUCUUUCUAAAUGGGACGUGUCAUCCGUGACAAACAUGUAUGGUAUGUUCUAUAAUGCGUAUCGUUUCAACUCAGAUAUCUCGAAAUGGGACGUAUCGUCUGUGUAUUCUCUCGGAAUGGGACAAAUGUUCUAUUACGCGUCCGCCUUUAACCAUGACAUAUCUGGUUGGCGCGGUCCUGCGGCUGAGAGUAGCCAAUUGGACAUGUUCUACGGUGCAACAGCUUUCAUUGAUAAAUACUUAUGCGCCGAAGUCCACAGGAACUGGAAUUAUGGUUCCGUUAUGCCCUCUAAUUGUACGACGCAGAAUGCAACUUGGGUUUCUCCUUCUCCUCCUCCUCCUUCUUCUUCCCCUCCUCCUUCUCCUCCUCCUCCUUCUCCUCCCCCUCCUUACCCUCCUGCUCCUCCUCCUUCUGUGACUCCGGUUCCUUUGACUGAUUCUACACUAGCUUCUGCGGUCCAAUCGUGUUUGAACGAAGACUACAGGUAUGGCAUGUGUACUGACUUUGGAUUUGAGAGUGGAUACGGGACCAUGCCGUACUGGGACGUCAGUCAAGUGACGCAGAUGAAUAAUACGUUUGAAUGGCGUUCCAGCUUCAAUGGCUUUUUGGAUCGUUGGGACGUAUCCAAUGUGAAAAAUAUGACGCGCAUGUUUUAUUAUGCCUAUAAUUUCAACAUGGAUCUAUCGACGUGGGACGUUUCGAGUGUUGUUGAUAUGUCUAAUAUGUUUAAUUAUGCGUAUAAUUUCAACGGUGAUCUAUCGACGUGGGACAUUUCGAGUGUUGUUGACAUGUCCUAUAUGUUUAAUGGUGCGAGUAUGUUCAACACGUCUUUAUCCACGUGGGAUGUUUUGAGUGUUGUUGAUAUGAAAUACAUGUUUUCUGGUGCAAGCAAAUUUAACAGCGAUGUUUCGAGAUGGAGAGGGGUUGCGGCGAGCAAUCCACAAAGUGGUAUGUUUGACAAUGCGUAUGCGUUCACAUCUAAAUAUGCGUGCUUAACGUCGUACGAUGGUCCGGCGAACACGUGUUCUUUGAUUCCUUUGACGAACAAUAACUUUCAAAACUCGAUAUCGAAUUGUUUGAGUUCAAGUAGCGACGGCAUGUGCGUCUCGAGUCCAUACGGAGUGAUGUCGUCUUGGAAUACAAGCUUAGUGACGAACAUGGCGAAUGGGUUCUCCAACUCUUAUACAUACAACUAUGGUUUUGUUGAUCUCUCUUCUUGGGACGUUUCUUCCGUGACGAGUAUGAGUUACAUGUUCUCGAACCUGUACUACAGGAACGUGGAGGUAUCUGCUUGGGACGUUUCAAAAGUGACGGAUAUGGCCUAUAUGUUCCAAAGCGCAUAUGAGUUCAAUUCGGAUCUUUCUAAAUGGGACGUGUCGUCCGUGACAAGGAUGAAUGGUAUGUUCUAUUAUGCGAAUCGUUUCAACUCAGAUAUCUCGAAAUGGGACGUAUCGUCUGUGUAUUCUCUCGGAAUGGGACAAAUGUUUUAUUCCGCGUUUGCCUUCAACCACGACGUAUCUGGUUGGCGCGGUCCUGCGGCUGAGAGUAGCCAAUACGACAUGUUCCGCGGUGCAACAGCUUUCAUUGAUAAAUACUUAUGCGCCGAAGUCCACAGGAACUGGAAUUCUGGUUCCGUUAUGCCCUCUAAUUGUACGACGCAGAAUUCAACUUGGGUUUCUCCUUCUCCUCCUCCUCCUUCUUCUUCCCCUCCUCCUUCUCCUCUUUCUCCUUCUCCUCCUCCUCCUUACCCUCCUGCUCCUCCUCCUUCUGUGACUCCGGUUCCUUUGACUGAUUCUACACUAGCUUCUGCGGUCCAAUCGUGUUUGAACGAAGACUACAGGUAUGGCAUGUGUACUGACUUUGGAUUUGAGAGUGGAUACGGGACCAUGCCGUACUGGGACGUCAGCCAAGUGACGCAGAUGAAUAAUACGUUUGAAUGGCGUUCCAGCUUCAAUGGCUUUUUGGAUCGUUGGGACGUAUCCAACGUGAAAAAUAUGACGCGCAUGUUUUAUUAUGCAAUGAAUUUCAACAUGGAUCUAUCGACGUGGGACGUUUCAAGUGUUGUUGAUAUGUCCUAUAUGUUUUAUUAUGCGUAUAAUUUCAACACGUCUUUAUCCACGUGGGACGUUUCGAGUGUUAAGGACAUGUCUUAUAUGUUUAGUUAUGCGUACCAGUUUUCCAGGGACGUUUCCUCCUGGACUGGACCGGCAGCGACAACCCCACAAACGAAUAUGUUCCUCGGUGCUACUGCUUUUCAGGUCGCUUUCACCUGCACGAGCUCGGACAACGGUCCAUCAAGUUCAUGUGUUUGUGCGAGUUCUGCGUGUUAA